UUGUCAUAGGUGCAGUCCAGCUAUGYCAUUCAACAAUGUACUACUAGCAUAUCAAGCCUUGAACACUGUAUUGAAAUGCUUCAAGAUGAACUGGAGCACUUCCAGAAUCAWAUGGGAGAGAUAAAUGGAGACUUCUUUGAUGACCAACAAAGAAUAAAAAAUAAUAAAGAAAUGUAUGAGAAAGUUAAUUGGUUAAAAGAGGUGACUGAACUCCUUCAAAGUCUCAGUGGUCUGUCUGUAAAAGAGGUCAAUGAUGAUUCCCUAGUUCUAGAGCUGAACAGCAAAACUCUUAAUGAGGUCAACACACGGCAGACCACACCUUUACUGCUGACAUUAAAAUUUACCUUAUGUGCAAUGAAACCUCACCUUUGUGUUGCUGAGGUCAAUAUACCCAGCUUACAAGUAGAAGACUUGGUGAAGGCAGCUGUCCAAACAAAUGAUAUAACACAACUUAUUACAUCAAUCAAGAAGCGCUAUCAAUACUACAACUCUUUCAGUGAGGAGAUAGAUGAACUGCAGAAAAGUUAUGCUGUAGACUGGGACCCUAGCCUUGGUCAUCUGCGUGUGAUGUUAGGUAAAAGUGGCAAGACUGUUUGUACUCUUGAGGUUGCUUCAUCUUAUCCAGCUUCAGGUAGCUUAACACUGGUUAAUGUAGAAAGUAAGGACCAUGCAGUUAGUUUGGAUGACGUUAUGGACAAGUCUUGCAACAGUCUCACUGAAUUGGUGAAACAUCUUUAUGAGAUAUAUAGCAGUUUUUAGGUUUGGAGAGAAUGUAAUACUAAAACUCUUAAAUMAUAUCCAACUUUCUGACUUUAUUACAUGUAUAUAUCAUGAAUUAUUAUUAUAAUCAUCCUCUUUUUGUUUGGACUGAGUUGGGUUGAUUCUGAUGGGUGAAGGAAUUCAUAAGAACAAGAAUAUGAGAUACAAAUAACCUCAUCUUGUCACUCAACAUUGUUCCUGUUUUUAACUUGGAGAUUGYGUUAGCAAUCAAAGAGUUAUUGUAGGGGAACAAUCUGUCACUCACUAAGUCACUCAUUUUCCUGUAAACUGYGUCUGUUUUUGUAUGACGAGUUGCCAUUGCCUAGRCAAAGUGUAAAGAGAUAAACAUUGACUCUCAACAAGAAACAGCAACAGUAUUCMAAGACAAGUUGGGAGUUUUUGGACAGCAUGUACAUAAAACAAAAGUUACAAGCAUGURUAUAAAACCCUUUUUUAUUUGCA